CGACCCAGCCACGGCGCACAUCUCGGUGCAUCUGCUGAUCCCGGGCUGGACCUGGACGGGCCUGAUGGGCAACGUCGGGCCGACGGACGAGAAGGAUGUCGUCAACAAGCCCGCGGGUGCCUGGUAUCCGAGCCAGGUGGCUGAUUACUGUGCGCGCGCCCUCGAGAAGGGCUCGUUUUAUAUCGUGUGUCCUGACGGCGAGACGGAUGCGGCGCUGGACCAGGCGCGCAUGCGGUGGGGGAGCGACGAUGUGAUUGAGGGUCGGCCGGCGCUGUCGCGGUGGGAGGCUAGCUGGAAGGAUCAAGCGGCGAAGUGGAUUGAAGAGGAGGCGGCGAAAAGGAGGGCAUCAUAA